AUGAAAGCUGUGUGCGAUCAUAGCUGCUUCAGGAGCUUUUUUGCUUUGGGACCAGGCCUAUUUGCCGCGGGUGUGGCUUCGCACGUGCUAUACUUUAUCCAUGGUGAACGUGACAAGGAGGCGGCGCACAUUGUUCAAUGCUUUGCCCAUGGCUUCCUGGUUCUGUGGCUUGCGGAAAUGGUCCUCUUCUGGUGUUCCUCCUUGGAAGCAGGGCUGGUUGCGCUCGUUGGUCUUUUUUGCUUUCUGGCUGGACUCGGAGGUAGCAUCGGUCUCUACCGAGUAUUGUUCCAUCGUACGAGGCGGAUUCCCGGACCUUUCGGUCAUGCCUUGACCAAGUGGACGGCGACUUCAAUUGCGAGAAAGACUCACCAAUGGCACAUUCACCUGGGAUAUUUGCACAACAAAUAUGGGGAUUUCGUGCGAACAGGGCCGAGGGAGGUCUCGAUCAAUGAUGUCCGGGCAAUUGAACCGAUCUAUGGGAAGUCCUCCAAGUGUCUGAAAGGUCCAUGGUACGACCUAGGUGGUACUGGGUACAAUCUCCAUAGGACGCGGGAUCCUGAUCUUCACCGUAAACAGAGACCUCUAUGGGAGAAAGGCAUUCACGAAAUGUCAAUUCACAUUGAAAAGAUCAAGGCAAAGACGGACGAUUUUCUGCAGCAUUUGUCGACAUUCUCCGGGCCAUUCAACAUUGCUGACGAAUUAGGGGUAUUUGCUUUCAAUGUGAUGGGGUACGUUCUCUUUUCCCUGGAUUUUGACAAAGAUGAAAAGCUGCGCCGGAGGGCUAAGCAGGGUUAUGACACGCUUCUUCGUAGCCAGUCUGCGUUGGGGGUAUAUGGUCAGGUGCCUUGGUUGUAUUCGGUGAAUGAUGGUUACCCAUCUCUGGGGUUGAUACCGGCUAAUGACAAUUUUACCCGAUUUGGGAAUGAUAUGGUGGAAGAGCGAAGGAAGAUCAAUCCCAAGGAUCCGGACCUAUUUAGUUUCCUGUUACCCACCGAAACAGAUCCAGACUCGGCGCAAUUUCCCCUGCAGUGGGAAGCACGCCUUGCAAUGGUAUCAGGCAGCGGAAAUGUAUCAACUGCUUUGACUUCCAGCCUGUUUUAUCUGGCCCACCAUCCGGAUGUCCAGGUGGAACUUCAAAACGAGCUCGACCCUUUGUUUGGUUCCAAUACCUUUAAUCCAAGAACGGCAUACCCGAUUUUGGAUUCAGUUCUGUACGAGAGUAUUCGAUUGCAGCCGUUAGUCCCCAGUGGUGGCGAACGUGUCACUCCAAGGGAAGGCAUCAUCGUAGGAGAUGAAUUUAUACCAGGGGAUGUCGUCCUUAGAGUACCAAGCUUUGUGAUAUUUCGCGACCCUCGCUACUUUGAGAGGCCGAAAGAAUGGAUCCCGUCGCGCUGGACAAGUGAGAAUCACCUGGUCAAGAGUAAAGGAGCAUUCAUUCCAUUUUCCACUGGUGGGUGA